AUGGCUAAGAUUGGCUCAAAUGAAGAUGAAUUCGCGUAUAGUACAUGCGAAUUGGGAGGCCGAAUUGGCGGCGCUCUGCCUCCUCCUCUCUUCCAAUUCGAUCGCACACACCGACGCAUGCGUGCACGCUACUGGAUUGGUUUCAGGAACAGCGACUCUUCGCGCCUCUCCGUGCGUGCAUGGAGUGGAACGAGUGAAAAUGACGCGUGGAAACGACCUCAACGAGGUAGAGGCAGCUUCCGAAUAAGAGCUGCUGGCUCUAGAGGCAACCAAUAUCGUGGUUGGCGGGGCAGGGGUGACUUCAGACCUCGUAGAGGUCGAGGUGCUACUGUUCCGCAGGAUGACAGAAGGGUUUCCGAAUUGAGUCCUGACACAUCUCCCCAUUGGUCGACUGCAGUGUCACGUAGUGGGGGAGAAAGAAUUGUCACACCAUUGCCAGUAAGCAGUGCCACAGUGGAAGUAGGCGAUGAGCUGAGUGCCUCCAUCCCUACUCACCCGGAGGCAGCAGCUUUGCCAAAGAAGGAGGGGAAGAAGAGGAGGAAGGGGAAGAAGGCGGAAACAAAGGCAACUUCGCAAGUCGGUAGUGCCGAGUCGACUACAGGUGCCGAGUCAAGGAGAGGUGAAAUACUUCCAUCUCGUCGCGAUGUGGGAACGAUUGGCAAACGAACAGUUGUUGAAGUGAAUUGUUGGGACUGCACCUUUUCGGACACACCUGUGGUAAUGUACGACGUAGUGCUGACGAAAGUAUUGUCCGCCAAUGGAAAAGAGAUCAAGCUUGAUACCACCAAAACGGCGAGGCAUAUUAAGGCGAUCGCAGAGAGGAAAGGUGGGGAUGUCUUUCACGAUGGCGGCCGAAUUCUUUUCUCCCUUGGACCUUUGGAUAAGAGAAAGGAGAAGGUUUUGACGUAUCGUGAGGCGAUUCCAGACUCUUAUGACAACACCACCAACUUGACGAUAGAAUACACUGCAACAAGAGUUGGCAGUGUUUCUGCCCAACUCAUCACUGACUAUAUCGCAAAUGGUAAAUCAAAGACCUCAGAACUGCCACAACAGGCCAUCAACAUGCUGGAUAACCUAAUCAAGUGGGCCAAUAGAGAAGCCUAUUCGAACUUUUCAAAGUCGGCCAUUUUUGAUACAACUCCAAAACUAUGCAAGAGUGACGACCUCGCCUGGAUUUAUCUGGGAUAUUCGCUGAGUUUUCGACCACAGUGGAAGUGUCGAUUGAAUGUGGAUGUGGUCCACAAGGUGUGUUUCCCUGCUGGCAAUUUGGCGGAGACUUUGCGUGCAAUGCAUGGCGAUUUUGUGGGCAAUCCAGCAGUGCGGAAGCAGGUCAACGAGGCAAUAAAUUUCCUGCAAGUGGAGGCCACUCAUUAUGUGAAUCAAGGCAAACCGUACAAGAGGCGUUUUGUGGCGGAUAGCUUAACAAAUAAUUCUGCAGAUCGAGAAAUUAUUCCGAAUCUCAAAAAAACGGUUGCACAGUAUUUCAAGGACAACUACAGCAUAAGCUUGAAGUAUCCAAGCCUUCCAUGUGUGAUGCUAAAAGACGGAAAGGGAUGCAUGCCUAUGGAGGUGUUGAAUGUUUUACCAUUCCAAGAUGUAAAGAAGCAAACUGCCUCGACUAUUUCCUGCACUGCCGUCAGACCGAUGGAGCGAUUUAAGAUGUUGCGAAAUUUCGUCCAAGAAAUGAAUUGGAGAAACAAUUUGCUCUCGAAAAUGCAAUUGCGCUUGCUGAAUUUUGAACCGAUUAAAGUUGAGGCGAGAGAACUGCCACAGCCAAGUGCAAGCUUUUCAAACAAAACGGGCCUGUUGACUAGGGGAAAGUGGAGACAGGAGUCAUUCUACAAACUCUGCUCCGAAGUUGUGAAAUGCGUGGUUGUCACCAUUGCUCCUGGUGUUGUCAAAGAUGCUUCCGUCGUCAUCCACAAUCUACCGCGGGCAGCACAGAAUUUUGGUGUUCGAGUUGAGGUGCAGCAACGCAUUCUUCGAAAGACUAUUUCUGAUCUGCCACGAUUGUUUGAAGAAUUCCGCAUGAAUGGAAUAAAUCUGGCAAUUUUCGUUUUAUCCAGAGACGAUCACUAUGCACACAUCAAACGUGAAGGCGAUUUGCACAGUUUUAUGUUCACGCAGUGUAUAAGGGAGAAAACCUUAAGAAAACCAAACGUUUUCAACAAUUUGAUGCUGAAGAUAAACGCAAAGAUGGGCGGUAUUAAUUGGCUGGUAAAUGAUUUGCACAAACAAUGGGGAGAGGAAUUGGUGAUGGUUGUGGGUGCGGAUGUCACUCACGGUUUGGAGAAAUCAGUCGCCGCAGUUGUUGCCUCAAUUUCACCUGAUCUUAUGCGCUAUGUGGCAAUUGUUCAUCAACAGAAUCAAGUAAAGCAAAACAACAGCGUUCGAGAAUACAUCGAUGAAAUGGAGAGUAUUUUCUCCGACCUCCUGACGAUAUUUGGAAAGCACAAUAACGAUCGCCUUCCCACGAGGGUCAUUCUCUACCGAGACGGUGUUUCCGAGGGACAAUUCGAUUCUGUGCUGCAAAUUGAACUCUCGGCUAUGCAGAGAGCUUGUUCAAACCUUAGACCCGACUACGAACCGCGAAUAACAUUUAUUGUGGUGCAAAAGCGUCACCACAUACGAUUGAAUCCAGUGGAAGAGGGGAGGAAUGUUUCACCGGGCACAGUGGUUGACACAGAAAUCACACAUCAUCGUGAAUUUGAUUUCUACCUCUGUUCGCAGGAGGGCAUUCAG